GGCUAACACGUUGCUGCUUUCCUAGAAUCUAUAAAUUGUAUCUGAGAGAAGCUACCUCCUUUGAAUAUUGAUCUUGGUGUGAUCUUAACAUGGCGAGUUCCGGGUUGAUACAGAGAACAACAAUCAGGUGGUGACUCAAAACGGAGUUCUCAGAUAUUACAACUUCUUCUCCAGGAGGAUCCUAUCUUAAUUCGUCCCUUUAAAGGCCACAAAGCUGCAGUCACCGGCGUUGACUUCAGCCCGACCACCACGGCACUUGCCUCAUCAUCUUUGGAUAGGUUUCUUAUGAUAUGGAAUUUGAAGCCACAGUCCAGAGCUUUCAGAUUUGUGGGUCAUGUAGAAGCUGUGACCAGUGUACAGUUUUCACCAGAUGGGCAUCUCAUGGCAUCUGCUUCUCAGGAUCGGACUGUUAGACUGUGGAUUCCCUGUAUUCAUGGAGAAUCUUCAGUCCUGAAAGCCCAUACUGCACCUGUCCGUAGUGUGAACUUCUCACAUGAUAGCCAGUUCCUAGUUACAGCGUCCAAUGACAAAUCAAUAAAAGUAUGGAGUGUCCACCACCAGCGCCUUUUGUUUUCCUUAUCCCAGCACACACACUGGGUUCGCUGUGCCAAAUUUUCACCUGAUGGAAGAUUAAUAGCAUCUUGCAGUGAGGAUAAAACUGUUAAAAUCUGGGAUGCAGCAAAUAAAAUAUGCAUUGAUAGCUUUACAGACUAUGAAGGGUUUGCAAACUAUGUUGAUUUCAAUCCAAGUGGUACAUGUGUAGUUUCAGCAGGUUCUAAUCAUACAGUGAAGCUCUGGGAUAUUCGAAUGAACAAGUUGCUGCAGCAUUACCGAGUUCACAGAGGAGGAGUUAAUUGUGUAUCAUUCCAUCCUUCUGGUAACUAUCUCAUCACUGCUUCUACUGAUGGUACCCUUAAAAUUAUGGAUCUGUUAGAAGGAAGACUUAUAUAUACGCUUCAUGGACACAAGGGACCUGUGCUUUCUGUGGCCUUUUCCAAAGGUGGGGAAAAAUUUGCAUCAGGUGGAGUGGAUGCACAGGUAUUACUGUGGAAGACCAAUUUUGAUACAUUUAACUAUAAGGAAGUUCUUAAACAGCAUAUUAGAAGAAUACAUACUGAUGACCCACCUCACCUUCUUGAUAUUUAUCCAAGAUCACCUCAUCCCCAUGAUGGGCAAUCUCAGUCAAUUGAAAUAGAUCCUAGCUUUGAUGUGACAGAUACACAAACGCUUGACCCACCUGUUGUAGAUAUUAGUUCCUCCGUGUAUUUCAGUUCUCCGUCAAGGACAACUGGCUCUUCAAAUGGAAUUUCCCCAUUCAAAGAUGAUAUGAGUAGUGAAGAUCUGCGGUAUCGUCCUGCUUUGUUCUCACCCACAAGCUCAAGAAGGAGGCUGGAGGAUGAGGUUCAACCAGCUGUGUGUACCUUGGACAAGCGCAUAGGCAUCUCGCCAGCUCUGGGUAAUGCUUUAGAGCACAUUGUGGAGCAACUGGAUGUUUUGACUUUAACUAUUUCAAUCCUGGAGCAGCGACUGACUUUGACUGAAGAUAAACUGAAAGAAUGCUUAGAAAAUCAACACAAAAUGUUACUUCAAGCCAGGCAAGGAGAAUAAAAAGUACAAAUGUAUUUGAUCUGUACUGCUGAAUAUGUUUCAUACAUUCUCAGGGAACUAAUAAAUGAUGGUGCCUUAUUUAAUCUCACAAUAAGCAAAAAGGAAAUUUUAUGUCUUAUUUUAACCUAUUGCUGUAAGGAGAAAAAAGUGAAAAAGCACAUGCAUUAUAUUUUAAAAAUCACAGUGGAAAACUAACAUUUGGUUAACAUAUUUAAUAAAAUGUAGUUUAGCAGAAGAUUAAUACAGUUUUAAUACACAUUUUGGGUGACUCUUUGACAUCCAUAGAGUGAGGAUUUCACUCUUUAUUUUGUUUGUUAUCUCUCAACCUUUCAUCCUCAUUACAUUCUACCAGUUGGCAGCCUAUACUUAAAUAUUUUUCCAGGCCUAAGAAACUUUGUUAAAAGCACUGAACAACAAACUAUGCAAUUUUAGAUGGAAGGCAUUUAUUGUGGAAGGAGGUAACGCAGCUUUUUCAACCUAAGUGAGACUUACUUAAAAUGAAGUUCCCUUAAGAACAGCAGGUAGAAAUUGUACACAUAGAGAAGUGAUAGGACCUGCCCAACUCCUAAAAAAUUUCAGGGGGAUUUUAGGGAAUUGCGUUUUUUAAGGGUAAGCAGAUUUUUUAUUACAAAUAUGAAAUAUAGUCCCUCCUGCACCCCAAGCCUCUGCCCCUGCCUUGAGUCCCCUCCAAGAGACAGCACCCCAUACCUCCUCCUGCACCCCAACCCCCUGCCCCAGCCCUGAUCACCCUCCCAAAGCCAGCACCCUGUACCCCCUCUUGCACCCCAGCACUCUGCCCCAGCCUGGAGCCCUCUCCUGCACCCAUACUUCCUCCUAGAGCUUGAACCCCUCACCCCCUCCUGCACC